GGACGAGAGCCACCUCCUGGCCAGCCUGACCCCUUUCCGCCUGACCCCUCCCCCAGGCAGGACCACACCAUUGUGGACACGGUGCUGAUGGCCCCCCGCUCGGCCAAGCAGGCCCUGCUGAAGCUGACGGAGAAGCAGGUGGCCCAGCGGGCCUUCCACGAGCUCAAGGUGGCCCCGGGGUACUACACCCUCACUGCGGACCAGGACGCCCGGGGCAUGGUGGAGUUCCAGGAGGGCGUGGAGCUGGUGGACGUCCGGGUGCCCCUCUUCAUCCGGCCGGAGGACGACGAUGAGAAGCAGCUGCUGGUGGAGGCCCUCAAUGUGCCCAUGGGCACCGCCACCCUCGGCCGCCGCCUGGUGAACAUCACCAUCAUCAAGGAGCAAGGUCGGUCAGUGUGGGGGGAGCAAGGAGGCAAAAGGGGAGUCUGGG